AAUAAUUUAACAAAUUUAGAAUGUAUGGAUACGUGGGCUUAUAAUGCAGCUGCAAUAACACUAUUUUUUAUUGGUUUAUUUGGUUUUACAUUUAAUGCAAUAGUUAUAGUAUUAAUGUGUAAAAAUGUCAAGCAAUGGACUCCAACUAACACCAUAUUAUUAAAUUUAGUAUGUUCUGAUUUUGCUGUAUCAAUAUUUGGUAAUCCUUUCACAUUAGUUGCAGCAUUAUCACAUAAAUGGAUAUUUGGUAAAACAUUAUGUAUUUUAUAUGGAUUUUUUAUGGCACUUUUAGGUAUUACAUCAAUUACAACGUUAACAGUAUUAGCAUAUGAACGUUAUUGUUUAAUUAAAUUUCCAUUGAGAGCAACUAAAAUAAAGAAUCGAGGUAUUGUGAUAAGAAUUAUUUUUAUUUGGUCAUAUUCCUUAGCACUAACAACACCACCACUAUUUGGAUGGGGAGCAUAUGUUCAUGAAGCAGCUAAUAUUAGUUGUUCUGUGAACUGGGAAUCAAAAACUUUUAAUGCAACCACUUAUAUAGUAUUCUUAUUCAUAUUUGGACUUGUGAUACCACUUAUUGUUAUAACUUAUAGUUAUGUCAACAUUAUAACAACUAUGAAAAUGAGUGCUAUAAGAUUGGGAAGAAAAAAUCGAGCUGAAAAACGAAUAAAUAUUAUGGUUGCUGUAAUGAUAUUUGCAUUUAUGCUUGCUUGGACACCGUAUUCAAUAUUUGCAUUAUUAGAACAAUUUGGUCCAAGUGAUUUAAUAUCACCACAAUUAGCAGUACUGCCAGCAUUAAUUGCCAAAUCUAGUAUAUGUUAUAAUCCAUUGAUAUAUGUUGGUUUGAAUCCACAAUUAAGAAAUACAUUGAGAAAAAAAGUAACUAAAGAGACAACUGCUAAUGAAACCACAAUGAAUCAAAUAUCACAAAAUGAUAGUGAAGCAAUGAAAGUAUGUACAAAAUUAAAAGUUUUGGUAACGAAACACAAUAACAGGAAUUGUACCACAACAAUAAACGAUGAAACAUCAUUAAACAAUAUUGAUAAUAAUAAAGUAUUUAAAAAAGAUGAUACAGAAAAAUUAAAUGAUACCGAAGAUGAUACGGAUGGCAAUGAUAAUAAUGAUAUUGAUUUUAAUGUUAUUGAAGAAACAAAUUAUAUUAAAAAUGAAUUAAGUAAUGAAAUAUUCAAUAUAAAUCAGGAAAAUAAUAAAAUGGAAAAAUUAAAUAUUUUUUUGACAAAUGAUAAUUUUCAAUAUAUUAACAAAAAUAAUUGUAGUCAAAAUAAUAACAAUAAUAAUAACAAUAACAAUAAUAAUAUCAUUAAUAAUGUAGAAACAAAGAUUUCCUCUCAGGAUAAUGAGAAUAUGAAAGUGUUAGAUAAAAAUUUGAUAAAUAGUGAUAUUGGUAGUAAAGCUUUGAAUAAAAAUGAAAUUGAAAUGGCUGUUUAUAUUGACGGUAAAAGUAAAUUAAUCAAAAGUGAAAUAUAUUCAUCAAAUCUUUGUUAAAAGAAAAUAAAAAUGUGAUGGGCCAUCAUUGAGACAGUUCAUAUAAUUUUAAUUGGACACUAUAUAAUUUUUCUUUGUUUUGAAACAGAAACAAAUGGCUCACAUGAUAUUUUCAUUUCAAUAAUAAGAUUAGAUUUUUUGUUCAUAGAAUACGUAUGAAUUAAAAUUUAAACAUAAAUAACUUGUUUUAAAAAUUUAUUUGACAAUAAGUGAUUUCGUUUUCAGAAAAUUACUUUUCUUCUUGAAUUUUUAAUUUUAAGUUUGAAAAAGAGCGUAGUUUUUUUGUAAUCUAAAAUUUUGUAUCCAACACAAAAACAUUCGAGAAUUUUACAAAAAUCAAUAUUAAGUAUGUAUAUUCCGAGAUCACACCAAAAUUCAAAACACGAGUUAAAACGACAAAGGUUUCUCCAUAAUGGCACUAUUAGAUAACAUCACUUUUUAAACAACGCGUUUCCCGUUAUAGCGUUUUGAUACUUUCAAAAAUUGCACGUAUUCUACCCAUCUAUGCCAAAAUCUACCCAUCUCUGUUGCAAAUUCGCUUCGUCGUUUUUUUAACACCGUCAUAAAUAUCGGGUUGUGGUGUCAUUAGUAAACGUAUAAGGAAUUUCAAUUGUACACUUCAUAUUUUAUUGAUAUCUAAAAGAACUCCGAUUUUGUCCAUGGUAAAAUUUAGUAUGCUAGCUAGUUUAAAUAAGGAACAAAAACAAUUUAUUAAAUUUUUUAAUUUUGCAAGCCGUCAUUCUAUAAGCAGAGAUAAUUUCCAAAACUCUGAAUCCUAAUCAAAAUAUGAGCAGUCAUAUGAAUUUCAGCAAGCAAACCUUUCUUAUUCUCGAUUCAGAGUAAGAUUAGUUUUCAAUGGACUUCAUUAAAACGGUUUUAAUUUUUUACUGUUCGCAAGAAAAGAAUAUAAUUUAACUUUUUUAAUAACUAUAAAUAUCACAAUAUUGUUUUAACAUUAUAGUGAAGAAAAACAAUGUUAGCCAUGAAAAUAAUUGCAGUUGA